AUGUAUAAUCAACGAAAUAAUAACGCCCAAGUGGAUGAUGAUGGUCGAGGACAAAUGCAACCAAGAUUCCAUCGUUCACGAAAUUUUUAUCGCAAACGACCGGGCAGUGGACGACAAAAUCAAGAUUUAGGUGAAGAUGAAAAUCGUGCAUCAAAUGAUGAGGACACACAACGAUCGAAUUAUUCUGAUGAUAAUAACAAUUAUGACAAUGAAAAUACAAAUAAUUUUCGUGGUCGUGGUCGUGGUGGUUGGCGAGGUUUUCGACGUGGUCGUGGUCGAGGACGUUUUAAUCGUGGUAGACCGUUCUAUGGAAAUUUUCGUCGAGAUUUUUCACCUUAUUCAAAUUAUAUAAAUGGACCCGGAGGUAAUUAUGGACCGUCCGGUGGAUUCUAUGGCGGUCCAGUUCAGUUCUAUCGUCCACCGUAUCGUGGUCGUGGUUAUCAAGCACCUGGUGGUUAUGGUCCCAGUGGUGAUCUAUCCGAACAAGAAGGUUUUAAUGAUUAUCCAAUGCGUGGUGGUAAUCGAGGUUUUUUUCGUGGUCGUGGACGUGGUGGACGUCGUGGUUCAGGACAAAGACGAGUAACACAAACUGAAAAUGCUGAUACUACUCAAAAAGAGAAUCAGAAUGAACAACAGCAACAACAAGGCGAUACUGCUGAAAAUAAUACGAAUAAUAAUGUACGACGUGGCUCCAAUCGUCAUCGACGUCAUAGACGGACAAAUGAUGAAGGUUCUGGUGCUGAACAACAAAAUGAUGGUGCUGCUACUGAUGAUCAACAACAGGAUGAAAAUAAAGGUUCUGGUCAUCAACAACGUAAACGAUCUAAUCGUCGACGACGACGUAAUACCAAUGCUAGUCAAAGCGGUGCAGAAACUGAAGAACAACAAACCAGAAAACCUAAAGAUGAUGAAACAAUAGUUAGAAAUGUUGUUCGUAAUAUGGUCAGUAAAGUGGCUCGUCGUUUAGCACCAAGAAAUCGUCGACAAAGUCGAACUAAUAAUAAAGAAGCUGGUGCAAAUAAUGAUAAUCAACAGCAAGAUAAUCAAGAUAAUACUGAUGUUGAUCAAUCACACACAGGAUAUCCACGUCGUGGUCGUGGUCGGCGUGGUUAUCGAGGAGGUGGUUAUUUUAUGGAACAAGGUAAUAUUAAACUUAACGAGAUUUACUCUAUUAGAAUGUUACUGUCUUUUAUAUUAGGCUAUUAUGAUCCAUAUGGUAUGUCACCAUAUUAUUAUGGCGCUUAUUAUGGUUAUGGUGGACGAGGAUAUCGUGGUCGUGGUCGUGGUCGUGGUGGACGUGGUCGCGGACGUUUUCGUCAGCGAGAGAAUCAACAACCACAUGAUGAUCAACAAAAUAACAGUGAAGAAGGAAAAAAUGUAGAAUCAAAUGCAGCCGGUGAUGUUCCUCAAGCUCAACGUCAACAAAAUAAAACAACAAUAGCUGAACAAGUCAAUCAAUCUACAGCAUCUGGCGACUCCAGACAACAAUAG